AUGGCAGCGAUACAAGAUGGAAGUAGGAAACGAAUUCGAUUGCACAACAGAGAUUUAAGGGUGAUGGCUGCAGAUUCUUGGAAUCAGCCGGACAGUAUGGAACACAAAGUGUACGUGGCGGGAAAAGACUCCAGCAAGACCUCCGAUAGGAAGCUUACCAUGAAGCAAUACGUUCAGAACAAGUAUCUGCGGAACGACCCCGAGCAAGUGUCCAUUCAUAUGCUGAACGACGAUUGCUUGAGACACAUCUUCCUAUUUCUGCCGAUUACAGACAGAGUUCGCAUAGAGAUAGUUUGCAAACGCUGGCGAGAGUUGAGUCAAGAUUCUUGGCACAUGGUCAAGACAUUGGAUCUAUUGCCCUCUACUUGGGGCUUUACUAAAAUACUUCAUAAAAUACUGCUCAAGUGUGGUAGAUUCUUAACGAAGAUCAACCUGAACGAGCCGAUUCACUAUUUAAGCCUGAAUGAGCCGAUUCACUAUUUAAGCCAAAGCACAUUGACUGUUAUCGGGAAGCUCUGCCCCAAUCUUACCAGUAUCGAUGUUACCGCGCUGACAGUUUGUGCGUCAGGUAUACGCACGUUGGCAAAUAAUUGUAGUAACAUAACCGAGUUCAAUUUAGGCCCAUCCACAAACCGUUGUGAGGACGAGUUGAAGGGUCUCUUUACGUUAAAUCCAAACUUAAAAUCUCUCGCGAUAACGAAAAACAAUAUUGUGGGCAAAUGUUUGUUAUGCUUGCCAGAGCAAACUGUGCAUACAAUUAAGUUCAACCGCUGCGACUACCUCGAGGACAAUCACCUUUCAAUGGCGCUAAAGAAGUUCGAGAAUUUGAGACACCUCGCGAUAAAGGAAUGCUUCCGCAUAACGAAAAACACGUUGGAAGUUGUCGGCGAGCACUGUAAAAGUUUAAGAACAUUGGAGCUCAGUGGAGACUUACUCUCCGCGCAACCUGCGGACAUGUCGUACUUAAUUCACUUCGUCAAUCUGCAAGUUUUAAAAAUCACAAAAAAUUUUAAAGUGUCGGACGGUUUCUUUAUCGAUUUGGUACAACAUUGUCAGCAGCUUACCAGCGUAGACAUUACAGGCUGCUACAACGUGACUGACGCCGGAUUAACGGCUAUCGCUAUGUUAACAAGAUUAGAAAAACUAAUCAUCAGUAAUAUAUAUAUAAUUACUGACGACGGUUUGAAAAACGUGUGCGGUUUGAAAGAGUUGGAGUGCCGGCAAUGUCUAGUUUCCGAUCGGGGCAUGGCAGUGUUCAUCAAGUCCUCGCCCCAGUUGCAACUGUUGGAUCUUUCCGGAUGUACGUAUAUCGGGAAUGCCACUCUUGAGGUUGCUAAAGACGUUUGCAGCAGUCGAACUAACAACGUCGUGCUGAAGAUGAUUGUCGGGGGAACGAAAAUUCUCCCUAGAAAAGAGCCAGAUCAAGAGACACUGCCCCCGCUAUUGCAUAUAGUUAACGUCGAUUUGUGCAAUUAUUGGCCAUGGUGGCGACGAGAAGAUUCGCUGGCGCCCCGCAGUAAUGAGCGGUGGAACUACCGUAAGUCAGACAUUAUAACCCCGACCGUACGUACUGUUCUCCUUCCCUCAGAGGCCUAACAUAGCCCGCACAAGCUUUAUUUAUCAGGUAGCACUAGUGCCCAUUUGGUGCCUAUAAGUUAUCGCUUUAAAGUUGCCUUUAGGAUUUUACUAUAAGAUAACCAAUGUAUGUCUUAAAAUUGGUAUCUAUUUUAGUGUUGUCUUAAAGGUGUCUUUUUUAUGAUAUCUUAACAAAGGAAAAGACUGUUAUCUGAAAGUUAUCAUAUUAGUUGAUCUGAUAGAUAUCUAUUUUAAGACAUCAAAAAGUUAUCAAUUUAUUGUUAUCUAAAAUAUCCAUAGAGCUAUUACAGAUAGAGGGAAGUAGGUAUGGGACGACGUGUAAGCGCAUGCGAUAGUGGGAUAAAAAGAGAACGUUGCAAUAGAGGCCGGUGUGUCACUGUCUAACAGUCACGCGCAUGCGCGUAACGUGUGCGCUUGUAGGCAGAGUGUGUCUCUUUCUUUCUUAUAAAAGCAUGUGGAAAGAGA